GCUUCUCUCGUGACAUAUCUUCCAGCUACAAUUUCUGUUGUCACUUUCAUUUUAUUCAUUCAUUGUCUCUACAAAGUUUUAAACUCUCUUUCAAGUUUCUAUAGAAUUUUCUGGAAACAAUGAAGGACAGUGUGGGAAACCCUUUGCAUCUCAAGUCUGUGAACCAUAUCUCCCUCAUAUGCAGAUCAGUGGAAGAAUCAAUGGCUUUCUACCAGGAUGUUCUUGGUUUUUUCCCAAUCAGGAGGCCAGGCUCUUUUGAUUUUGAUGGGGCAUGGCUAUUUGGGUACGGUAUUGGAAUUCAUUUGCUAGAAGCAGAGAACCCUGAGAAAUUGCCCAGGAAGAAGGAAAUUAAUCCAAAGGAUAAUCACAUAUCUUUCCAGUGUGAGAGCAUGGGGGCAGUGGAGAAGAAGCUGAAGGACAUGGAGAUCGCUUACGUGCGAGCGACGGUGGAGGAAGGCGGGAUUCAGGUGGAUCAGCUGUUUUUCCAUGACCCUGAUGGGUUUAUGAUUGAGAUAUGCAACUGUGAUAGCCUCCCUGUGAUCCCAUUAGCGGGUGAACUUGCAAGAUCAUGCUCUCGUUUGAACCUUCAGACCAUGCAGAAUCAGCCGCAGCAGCAGAUACACAAAAUGGUCCAGUAACUCAAUUGUGAACUCAAGUAUUCUUCUGAGAAGAGUUAAAUGUGUCAAGAGGAACUAGUACUGCUGUAAUGCAUAUAGUAUUAUGUUGUUUCUUAUGUUUACUUUCAUCUGUGAACUGAUAAUAAACAAUGCAACAUUUGUUCCUAAUGAAAACAGAGUGGCCUUUUUGCAAUUAUA